AUGACAAACGCAGUUGCCUCAGAAGGCAAGGAAGAAAGGAAUUCUUCUGUUCAGGAGAGAGAGUCGACACUCCGCGACGACGAGGAAUGCUGUGCUACGACGGCGACGACGACGGUGUCGGCGGCAGCGGGCGGCAGUACUCAAUUAAUUAACCUUAAAGUAAUAUCAGGCCUCGGCAUUGGCGCUCGAAACUGGGUGGAUGCUCGAUAUCCGGGAGGCUGGCUGACCGUCGAGUCGACCGGAUCGAAGGCAGUGGCAGUCUUGGUCGUGGUCGCAACCGGCGACGAAAUAAGUACUCAAGCGAAAUCAGAGCAGAGAAAUCUGUACGCGGCCUCGGUCGCCAAAAUGGGUUCGACGAGCUGGUGUCCAAAACGGGUGUGCGCAGUAAAAGCGGGUCCUUUUUUGGGACGACUUUCAUUACGGGAAAGAGCGUUUUUUUCUUGUCGACCCGUUCGUUUUUUUCCUGAAUGGCCCCGAAGGAAACGUUCCAGAUUUUGA